ACUGAAUCGAACUGCUCGUCUCGUGUGGCGGGAAACUCUGCAUGUCCCGGAUGUGGUGCGCGCCGGAAGAGAAGGCGACGUCACCCCCCGUCCAUCUUGUGUUUGCUCUUCGGCGAGCUUCUUCGUUCCGCUCCCAAGUCGCGCCGAAUCGGAGGAGAAUCUCGCCGCCGGGGCGCCAUCAUGCCCGGACACCUGCAGGACGGUUUCGGCUGCGUCGUCACCAAUCGCUUCGACCAGCUGCUGGAUGACGAAUCCGACCCGUUCGACAUAUUAAAGGCGGCAGAGAACCGGAGGAAAGACGCGGCCGCGGCGGCCAGCAAACCCGCCGCUCAGGCCGCCAGACAGCCCAAGAAAGAGUCACAGAAAGAGAGGAAGAACCCGCCGCCGGAGAGGAAGGAGGACCCGCAGCCUGCCGCGCCGAUCAAGAAGGACGGUGUAAGGAGGAUGGGAAGGAAGCAGCAGGAGCAGCAGGGGCAGAACCCUCCCCACCAGCAGGGGGCACAGGGAGACCGGAGACCGGAGAGACGAGUCCACCGAGAGCGGCGCUUUGAAAAGCCACCUGAGGAAAAACAUGAAGGAGGAGAGGCCAGUGUGGACAAGCCAGCAGGAGACAGACCACCGAGGGGUCGUGGUGGAGGUCGUGGUGGACGUGGAGGUCGUGGACGGGGAAUCGGACGAACCGACGGAUUUGACUCUCGGGGAAAACGUGAUUUUGACCGACACAGCGGAAACGACAAAUCCCAGAAAGCCGACGAGAAGCGAGGUGGAGCCGGAUCACACAACUGGGGCAACACCAAGGAAGAAGCCAGUGAACCACACCAAUCGACUGCACCUGAAGCACCUGUGGAAGGGGAGGAGCCUGCUGCACCUGCUGACUCAGAAAACAAGGAGAACGAGGUCGAGGAAGUGAAGGACGAAGGCCCCAAGGAGAUGACCCUGGACGAGUGGAAGGCCAUGCAGAACAAAGAGCGGGCGAAGGUGGAGUUCAACAUCCGCAAACCGAACGAAGGCGACGAGGGCCAGUGGAAGAAAGGAUACGUGCUGCACAAGUCCAAGAGCAAAGACUUGGGCAGGCCGUCUGGAACUCUGAUUGAAGCUGGAGAUGCUAACGCCGAGUCACUCAGCAAGGGAGCCUCUGAAGACGUCUCGGGCGACCACCACUUCCGCAAACCGGCCAAUGACAUCACCUCCCAGCUGGAAAUCAACUUCGGAGAUUUGGGACGCCCUGGGCGCGGUCGGGGGAACUCCCGGGGUGGCAGAGGGGGCCGGGGAGGUGGAAACCGGGCAGGACGUGGUGGAGGCAGGUCUGAGAAGGGAGGCGGAGUGUCCGUUCCAAACGUGGACGACCCAGAGGCAUUUCCUGCCUUGGCUUAAACCCUGACCUUUGACCCUCAAGCCCCUCCUCUACGAGGCCUGCAUGCUUACGGAUCCUUCGACUAUAGAUAUCAUAAAAAGAAAAUGGAAAAAAAAAAAAAACCCUAAAAGACUGUCAUGUACACCAUAGUGAGGACUGAAACCCCGCCCCCAUGUUAACGGACUUCUCUGGUUACACUGAAGCUAAUUCUCCAUAGAGCUUUUGUAUUUAGACACAGGAUAGAUAGCAGGGAUGUUCCUACAGUAUUUUAUUUCGUUUCCGAUUGGAUUGCUGUUUUGAAUGUAAGGCUUUUCCAGCAUAGCGUUUGAAGUGAAUUGAAGCUUUCGUUCGUUCUCCUUCUAUUUUUGGCGUAUUUGAAUAUUUUUCAGCAAAAGGAGAAUGUGGGUCUAGUGCUAAUUUUACUGUUAUUGACGUACAGAAGUAAUGUAUCACUUUAAAGAUUUUAAAACGAAGCUCUGAGGUCAACUUUGUUUUAUGUUCCAUUUGUUUUUGUUUAUUCCCAUGGAGCUCUUUGCUUGGCCUGUAGCAAAACCGUAAAUAUGUGAAUGCCUCGUUGUUAUAUAUUUCUCUCUCUUUAUUUCCCUUUUUAUCCCUUUUCAGUUCUCUCACUUGUCGGAGUUCUCUGUGUUUUGUCUUUUCUUUUCUUUUCUUUUUUUAGGCUGGUCCUCAUGUAUGACACCUUUUACAAAAAUGUUGGGAACACUCUGAAAAUUCUGUGUGUGUGUGUGUGUCCUGAUGUUGCUAAGUGGCUUAAGGGCGUGGCUUAAGUCAGAAUUCUCUCAGCCAAUCAUAUUUAACCAGCUGGGUUAGUGAACAGGGCUCGGAGCAGCCUCGUUAAUUAAUCUAGCUACUCAUGCUAACCAUGGCGCAGUGCUAUAUUUAAGUGUCCUAGCUAGGCGUGAUCUGGUUUAUGUUUAGCACUACGUCAGAGGGAGUUAUGAGGAGGUGAUGAUUGGCUAAUUUAAUUUAACUUAAGCUAACCCUUGGCAGAAUCAGGACACGUGUGUGUGUGUGUGUGUUUUGUGUAAACAGGCAUGUGCUAUGGUAAUCGUGUAACCGUGAGUUCUCAUUGGGCAGUGAUGGACACACCUUCUUUCCACUUUGUCUGAAAAUACGGACCAUUAUAGACAGAUAAGAAGAUGGCUGUCCUUGUAAUUGUUUUAUCUUUAUUUUAUUUUGGUGAUCCUUGUCGGCGGUUAUCACGUGCACAUGCCUGUACACAAGUCAGCUAAAGUUCUCGAACCUGAAGUUUUUAUUGUUAUUAUUAUUAUUAUUAACUCCUCAGCAUGCUUCAUGCAGAGACGCGGCAGCUUCCACGUGCUUACAGACUCACAUCGUCUCUGCUGUUGUGUAUCAGCCGUUGUGUAGGAACGCUUCGGCAGGAAGUGCUUUCACAAUUUAAUUGAUCGUUUCCAUGACAACAGGAAGAACAUUUCUGCCCCACAUAAGUAUCCAUCUAGAGCACGCCGUGUUGAACAGCCAAUCACAUCACAAACUCGGGCGAGUUACGCGUCAAUGUCCAUAUGCUUGUGUGUGUGUGUGUGUGUGUGUGUGUGUGUGUGUAAACCAACCAGUCCUUAUCUCUGUACGAAGCAAGCUGAGGUUUUUAUUCUCUAGCUCUGAUUGUUGACAUAUCUUUGCACUUAGAUAAAUUUUUUUUUAGCUAACAAGCACAUGAUCUUUCCCCGUUUGAUCUUUUUUUUAAUAUUUACAGCAGCACUACUCGAAGAACAUGCUCGAUUCAGGGUGUGUGUGUGUGUGUGUGUGUGUGUGUGUGGUUUAUCCUGAACCUGGGAGUGACAGUAAACUGGAGGACACUAGGACAUGUCGGACUCCUUGGACAGUGGGACGCUCCGUGACUGGACUCUUUGUAGGACUUUUGGUUUUCCGGAUGUUUCUGCGUUCACUCGUCCCUGUUCAAUAAACUUCCCACAGGUGUUAAUGUCA